AAUGGGAGCAGUGACUAUUGUUGUUUUUGGAAUAGUUCUAGCACUUUUCUUCAAAUUGGCCUCAGACCUAGAUGUAUUCAAGCCAGUAACAAAUUACAAUGAAUAUGGAAAUUGUAAAUACCUAAAGGAGGAUAUAAGAGGGCCUGAGGAUAUGACCUAAUAUAAUUCCACAACAAUUAUAAUAGGUUCUGGAAAUUUCUAGAAGGUGUAUGCUUAGGGAAAACCAGAAUUAGAGUAACAGGGCAUUUAUGCAAUUUUAAAUUCCAACAAAAAGAACUAUAGUGUCCUCAAACUGGAGUUGAAAAACUUUCCAAAAGAUGUGGCUUUAUACAUCCAUGGAAUAUAUGUGAGAAAACAAUAAGACGGAAAUUACUUGUUCGUAAUCAACCAUGCCUACCACAAUGGAGGUGAAAGAAUUGAAGUUUUCAAAAUAGACGAGCAUUUAGGACUAACCUACACUCACUCCAUUAUUAUGGAGGAGUAGUACACAGGGAUAUUGAAUGAUUUGGUAGUGAUUGAUGAUAAUCGAUUUUUGAUCACUACUUACAUGCCAUUGCCUGAUCCAAAACAAGGAAGAUAGGCAGCAAAUGCAGUGCAUAUCUUGUAAACCUUGUUUUAUUAGUUGACUAAACAAAAGACUACCUACGUAAUGGAUUGCAGAUUCAAAAAAGAGAACACUCUGAUUCAUCCUGUAUGCAAGCAAUUGCCCAACACAUCGGGAAUUAUGAGAAAUGGAAUAACUUGGAACAAAAGGGAUUUGGUUUGGGUAGCUGAUUCUGUGGAGAAGGGAUUCACUGAAUAUCAGAUAAAAGGCGAUGAAUUGAUAUUUAAGAGGUUUGUUUCGGUGCAGAAUGGAAUAGACAAUAUAGAAUAUUAGGAGGAGAGAAAUUCAUUGGUAAUUGGGUUGAUUCCAAAAUUAUAUAAUUAUUUCUAAUUGGAUCAUUUUGUCAAGAAUAACCAACUGGAUAGGUAAACUAACUUUGAGUAUUGGGGUGCUGUGGGAGAGUACGAUUUGAGCAAAGAUCAAUUGCGCAUCUUGUCUCAGAACAGGUAUUUGUUGAAAGGACUUGCUGGAGGGUUGAUGAGUGGGGACAAUCUGUUUCUGGGAAGUUGGUGUGAUGUGUCUGUUAUGGUUUGUUAGAAAAUUUGAAUGAUUGAAAAUAAUAAUGUAUAAAGA